CCUCCCUGCAGCUUCGCCAUGCUGGCGCUCUUCCUCACGACAGACAUCCGCACCCUGUCGCUAUGUCGUUGAUCCCAUACCAGCCUCAGGAGGGCCGCGAGAUUGUACUACGACAUCGCAAUGCCAUUGUAGUCCGCGACACCAGCUCGCAGCGGCUGGAGAUCCGUGGCCAUCCCGAAUGCCCGACAUGCCACCGCCCGCUGGGGUCGCCGACGGAGCGCCCCUUCGACCACCAGUAUGACGUCGAUCCCAACCCGUACGUCGACCCGGGCUACUUUCGCAUGCUUCGCGCCGGAAGCGUCGAGUCGAACCCCGCCGAACACACACCGUCGAGCCUCAUCCGCCGCCUGUUCAGGCCUCCGCCGAGUGCGCGCGGCUCGUCAGCGCGCACGUCGCCCUCUGUAGACGACGAAGCCGAGUUUGUCUCCAGCACGCCGGGCGUGCCGCAGUCCGAAGGAAGCAGGAUAAAAAGGGAGGCCUUCAGUCCCAACUAUUUCAAGACGUUCUUUGUGGAGGAGAAGGUCCUGGGCAAGGGCGGCAAGGGAGUGGUGCUGCUGGUGCGGCAUGAGAUUGACGGCUGCCACCUGGGCCACUUUGCCUGCAAGCGAGUUCCCGUUGGCGAUGACCAUGCGUGGCUCGAAAAGGUGCUGAUCGAGGUUGAGCUCCUUGCCAAGCUCUCUCAUGUCAACCUUGUUUCGUAUCGACAUGUCUGGUUGGAGGAUGUCAAGUUGACCAUGUUUGGGCCCAGCGUGGCCUGCGCCUUCAUUCUCCAACAGUACUGCAACGGAGGCGACCUUCACCAAUAUGUGCUUGGCAAUAUGCCAAAGGAGGUGACCAAGGAGGAGCUCAAGGAGCGUAUUCGCCGGCGCUCGCGAGGUCAGAUUGAUGUGUCUCGGGACAGCCUUUCGGACAAGGCUAGGCUGCCCGUGGAAGAGAUUUACUCCCUGUUCAAGGAUAUCACGUCCGGCGUGGCAUAUCUGCAUUCGGCAAACUACAUCCAUCGAGACCUCAAGCCGAGCAACUGCCUCUUGCACCGAGAGGGCGGCAAGUUGCGCUGUCUCAUCAGCGACUUUGGCGAAGUCCAGCCGGAGCAUGUGGUGAGGAAAUCGACUGGCACGACGGGCACCAUCUCGUACUGCGCGCCCGAGGUUCUUCGCCUGGACGAGACGGGCCAUUAUGGAAACUUUACCACCAAGUCCGACAUCUUCUCCCUCGGAAUGAUCCUCUACUUCAUGUGCUUUGGCAGGCUCCCCUAUGAAUCUGCAAACGCCGUUCAGGAGGAGCUGGAAGACGUCGACCAGCUCAGAGCCGAGAUUGCUGACUGGACGGGCUUCCAAGAUGAGCGGCGCGAGCGGCCGGAUCUGCCCUCGAAGCUCUACAUGCUGCUCAAGAAGCUGCUUGCGCUCGAUCCCGCCGAGAGACCCAGCGCCAACGAGGUUUUGAACGCCAUGAAGAGCGAAGCCUACUUUGACGGAAUGACCAAAGACCGCAGCGCGAGCCCAGCCGUUGCUGGGCUGCGAGGAAGCAGGGUCCAGAACCUGGACUCACCAGCCGGGCCCAGCACGCCGACGCCAGCUGCCGUCCCCCGGGACGACGACCUCUUGCAAGACGAUUCUGGCCUCGUCCAUGCCGACCCGGAGCCCUCCAACGCGAUAGUCAAAAGCCGUAGCCAUGACCCGCAUGCCCUUGAGCCAGUGGACCAGAGAAACUCUACCCUACAAGCCAACGGCCACGCGCAUCCUGUUGAAGGAGGGCCCCUCCUCCUCGCACCGCCUCCGCAGCAGUUCUCCGCGAUACCGCAUGGAGCAGGCCUUUUCCUGAUGCGCUUCUGCGCCGUCACAGGCGUCACCCCAGACACCGUAAAGUACCUCGGCCGCCUCGGCUUGUUCCUCGUCAAGCUCGCCACCCUGGUCCGGCCAUGCUGGCCCUACAUGACCACGCUCGAGGUCGGCGGGCCCCUGGUGCUGCUCGCCGUGCUGGACCUGGGGCUCCCGACGAGCGAGCGCAACAGCGCCGCCUCCUCCUCCGUCGCCACCAUCCGCACCACCGGCAAUGUCGCGCUUGGUCGGCGGCGCCCGAGCCACGGCGAGCUGGCGACGAGCCUGUUCCGCCAGACGGGCGUGGGGACGAGGCUCUUGUUCCUGGUGCUGCAUCUGGCUGUCGUCUGGGAGGCUGCUCGCCGGGAGGCGCUUUGCGUUGCUGUUCCGCGUGAUGAGUGGGAUGGCUGGUAAAACUUUUAUAGAUUUAGCCAACAAAUGAGAUAUCCAUAUA